CCUCCCUGCGGGGCCAGAUCACUGCGACGGAAGCGGCUGCGCGCGAGCCUCGACCUGGGCGCCCUGGUGUUUGGGCCCCUAUCCCGGAGCGCGCCCCGGCCCAGCCCGGCCCAGCCUGGCCGCCGCCACGAAACAUGGAGGAACUGAGUCAAGCCCUGGCGAGCAGCUUUUCAGUCUCCCAAGACCUGAACAGCCCCACAGCCCCUCACCCUCGUCUGUCACAGUACAAGUCCAAGUACAGUUCGUUGGAACAGGGGGAAAGGCGACGUAAACUCCUGGAGCUUCAAAAGUCCAAGCGACUAGACUACGUGAACCAUGCUAGGAGACUGGCUGAGGAUGACUGGACGGGGAUGGAUAAUGAGGAAGAUAAGGAAGAAGAAGGGAUGGACAUUGACACUGGCAAGAAGCUGCCAAGGCGAUAUGCUAACCAGUUGAUGCUGUCGGAGUGGCUAAUUGAUGUUCCUUCAGAUCUGGGGCAGGAGUGGAUCGUGGUGGUGUGUCCCGUGGGGAAAAGAGCCCUGGUCGUGGCCUCCAAGGGUUCCACAACAGCAUACACCAAGAGCGGGUACUGUGUCAACAGGUUUCCAUCCCUUCUUCCUGGAGGCAACAAACGCACCUCAACUACAGGGAAAGACUACACAAUCUUGGACUGCAUCUAUAGUGAACUGAACCAGACCUAUUAUGUACUAGACGUGAUGUGUUGGAGGGGACACCCUGUCUAUGACUGCCAGACUGAUUUUAGAUUCUACUGGAUGCAUUCAAAGUUACCAGAAGAACAGGGACUUGGAGAGAAAACCAGGCUUAAUCCAUUUAAGUUCGUGGGUCUAAAGAAUUUCCCAUGUACCCCUGAGAGCCUGUGCAAAGUCUUAUCCACUGAUUUUCCUUUUGAGGUAGAUGGGCUUCUUUUUUAUCACAAGCAAACCCACUAUAGCCCAGGCAGUACUCCGUUGGUUGGCUGGCUGCGCCCGUACAUGGUGUCUGAUGUCCUUGGCAUGACGGUGCCAGUAGGUCCUCUGACCACCAAGCCAGACUAUGCUGUGCAUCAGCUCCAGCAGAUCAUUGAACACAAGAGAAGUAAAAAAGAAGCCAAGGAAACAAAUCUCAGCGAGGCUUCUGAGAAUGGGCGCUACGAACUGGAGUACCUGUCUACCCCCAGGCUGGCCAGUUCUCCCAGCAGCCAGACAGAAGCCACCAGCCUCAUGGAAAACUGACGGAGCUCCUUUCUCCAAGGAUCCAAGGAGAGCCUCAGACCUGCCUGUGUCCCUCUGUGAACUGCUUCCCACCAUCACUUGUCAUUCAUGUGAAAGGACAAGGCCUGGAGACAAGACUCGAGCUACCCCAUUCGGUCAGACACACCUGAGAACUGAUAGCCUGAGCUGAGAUCCCCAUCCCCAGGGAGGAGAAGCUGUUCCCAGGAUGGAGAAGCAAGACCUCAGGGUAGUUUCCCCAGUUGAUGGCAUUCAGGUUGAGUUGAGCAAUUCUAACUGCUAAAAGUGUAUCUCAGAUGUGCUAUGUAAACUUAUGGAAUUUCUAAGAACUAAGUGGUUUGUGAUUUUUAUACCUCUCCACCCCAAUCAGGAGUGCUUGAGUGGGUCAUUUGCCCUGCAGGGCUGUGCCUUGUUUCUUCACAGAUGUAUUACUGAGUUAGGUCUUCAGUAGGUGCAUUUGGUAACACAUGUUUCUGCAAUGAGGUGUGGGAUCUUGGUCUCUGUAUUAAUUCUGCCUUCUGAAAAGGCCAAAAUAUUUUACUUCCCUUUGAACAUUUGCACAAGACAAAAUUUCCUUUUAAUCAAUGAAAGCUGCCACUUAUUUCUGUUGAUGAGAAUGUGCCCCACCUCUCGCCUGUUUAUUCCUGUCUUCUCAAGCUUUCCCCCAACUCUUUCCCACUCUGAUUUAAUAAAACUUCUGCCUUAUCUCUACAGGAGGAGGCACGCUUCCAUUUCCCAUGGCUCUAAUGAGAAGAGUGCUAGCAAUAUUUAAAGAGACUCAGGUCUGAUCUUGAUUGUCUAAUUCUGGGAAUGGUAGUGGGACAGAAUUGGGAGUUAAGUGGAACAUGAUUACACCCAUUCAGCAUAUCUGCCAAAAGUAGCCAGAGUGGCUGGGGCCUAGGUGUACAUUGAAGCUGACUCUGUAAAACCUGAGAAGGAAACUUACAGGCAUGCUAUUGGCUAUAGAUUCAAGAAUUUUUAUUUGGUUCUCUCUAGAAUUUUAAAAUCACUCAAUGACAAUUAAAAUAAAAAGAUGCUUUCUGCGCCCCUC